AUGCAUUUGCUAGGACAUAAUCUGCCGGACCAUAAACUGUUGAGGGUCGCCCUUACCUCCUUCUACGGUAUCAGCCAUGAUAUUUCCUAUCGUCUACUAGCUAGGCUUCAGAUUCACUCAGAAGCUACUGUCUCCAACCUGACCGAAGCCCAAGUGACGGCGCUCUCCGCCUACCUCUCUUCCCCAUCCACGAACCCCUCUCCGGACCCUACACCUAUCUGUCCUCCGGGUCAACAACCUUCCGCCAAAGGCAAAGAGCGUGAAGUCGUUGCGGACAGGGAAGAUCCGUUGGAUACCUUGAAAAUUGAGACGGACCUGCGACGAUCAUUGCAGAGCGAUAUCGCUCAUCACAGGACGAUCGGGACUUAUCGAGGGAAACGACACGCCGCAAGUCUCCCGGUGCGGGGUCAACGGACGAGGACCAACGCCAAGACGGCCAAGAAGAUCAACCGGGUUGAUCGUCGAGCCUUUUCUUCGUACGCACUCUCUUCAAUCGCGCCUUCCCGGUUCGGGCGAAUGUGA